UUGAAUUUUCAGGAUGUGCAAAAGCACUCUGUCCACACUCUGGUGUUUCGAUCUCUCAAGAGAACACAUGAUAUGUUUCUCUCUGACCAAGGGAAUGCACCCAUGAAACUGGAUGAAAAGUAACUUCAAGUUAUAUAAAUUAAUAUAAUUUUAAAUUAAAAAUGAGACUGUAAAGCCUUUUAGAUUCUUGAUAGAUGCACUUACUAUUAUUUCCAUCCAUCGUUUAAGGAUUAAAACUUGUAAUUUAUUACAGGAAUGUUUUCUCUCUAGUUCAUAACUGCACCACUAAAAUAGAUUCUAUGAUCUUAAGUAAAAUUGAGACUGACUCAUUAUGAUUUAAAUUAUUUGCUGCAGGUUCUCAGCCUCUGUUAAAAAAAUAAUAAUGCUCAAUCUGAACAAUCUUAAAUAUUGAUAUUCUGUGUUUACUACAUGUACAUUUCAUCUGAUAGCGAAAAAUUGAGAUGCCAGAUAAAAAUAGCAGAUGAAUAUGGGCCAGUCAAGGAGGCAGCUAAAAGAGAAGCAAAAGCUAAACAGAUGCAUCAUGCAGGUUGGUGUCUAUUUUUGAUUUGAAGGCUGUAAAUUAUUUUUUUAAAGCAUUGGUAUUAUUUUCUUAAAGAUGUUUAUGAAGUUAUUUUUGGAUUCAUAUUAUUGUUGAACUCUAUAUGGAACCUAGUUGGUUUUUAAUAUUUUAACCUAAAAAUCUUCAUAAAUGUAUAAUUUUAUGCUGAUUGAAUGUCCCACUGAAAAUUACAAUUCCUUAAAACAAAGAUUGUAUAAUGUCAGUCAAAUGUAAACACUUGAUUAUUACAACUUACCCCAUAAUGACAACCUCAUUUUAAGUUACUGUAUCAAAUUUUUAAAUAGGUGGUGAUAUAUCCAAUGGAAUUGCUGGAGGUAAAAGUCUUUAUAAUGGAUUUUGUACCUGA